AUGGACAUCGACGAGGCCAUCCAGCGCUUUGCUCCAACAGACUUCAACAUUGCUCAAAAGGACACGGAGAAGAAGAAGGCUCCAUGGAUUCCAAACAGAGAUCGUGUUGGGCCCACCGCACCUGGUUCCAAGGAAGUGCCACAAGGUCAGCCAAAUUGUUUAGCAGCUUGCAACAUCGUGUUUACCGGAGAGCUCGGCUCCCUUGCACGCGAGGAGGCGGUCGACUUGGCAAAGCGGUAUGGGGCGAAGGUCACGGGCGCGCCGUCAUCGAAAACAACACACGUCGUCAUGGGUGAAGGGGCAGGCGCAGGGAAGCUUAAGAAGAUCAAGGCAAGCAAGCUGGCAUGCAAGAUUCUCGAUGAAGAUGGAUUCUUCGAUCUCAUCCGCGGCUCAAAAGCAGGAAAGCUGGACGAGAAGACAUUGAAGAAGUUGAAGGAUGAGGAGAAGCAGAUUAAAGAAGUCGCGAAAGAGAUGCAACAGCCAGCUUCCACAGGUAAAGUCACUGCGGAUAACGGAUUCAAGCUGGGCGGGGCGGUCAGUGGCGCUGGCAAUCCGAGACUUGGAGAGGAGUCGUCAGACGCGUUGUUAUGGACCACGAAAUACGCCCCGCGCAAGAUGAAGGACCUAGUCGGCAACAAGGCGGGUAUCGAAAAGCUGAAAAAUUGGCUGGAAAGAUGGCCUAAAUCGCUCGCUUCCAAUUUCAAGAAACCCGGUCCGGACGCUUCCGGAACCUUUCGCGCCGUCCUCCUGUCUGGGUCUCCAGGUAUCGGUAAGACUAGUGCUGCACAUCUCGUGUCGCGCAGCCUCGGCUAUACCCCAAUCGAGAUGAAUGCAUCGGACAUCAGGAGCAAGAAACUCAUCGAGUUAGCCCUGCGUGACGCGAUCAACAACACCAACCUUGAUGGAUGGUAUCACGGGGCUCAGAUUGGCAAAUCGCUGGGGCCAGACGGUGUCCGGAUCACCGACAAGACGGUGUUGAUCAUGGACGAGGUCGACGGCAUGGGCGGUGGUGAUCGUGGUGGAGUUGGAGCGAUCAACGCACUCAUCAAGAAAAGCAAGGUGCCCAUCAUCUGCAUUUGCAACGACAGAAAGUCGCCCAAAAUGAAGCCAUUCGAGCACACAACAUUCAAUAUUACCUUCAGAAAACCAGAGGCUCAGGCGGUCAAGUCCCGCUUACUUUCUGUUGCUUUCAACGAGAAACUCAAGAUCCCACAGGAGGUCAUGCUCAGCCUGAUCGAGUCCGCACAAGGUGACAUCAGGCUCAUGCUCAACAUGCUAUCUACUUGGAGCCUAAGUCAGAAGACUAUGACAUUCGACGAGAGCAAAGCCCUCGGCGAGGCUAACAUGAAAUCGGGGAUGCACACUCCAUUCACGUUGUAUGGGGAACUUACUGGCCCAGGAAUGUUCGCUCCGACCUCUCGCAAAACGCUUAACGACAAAGCAGAUUACUACUUUCAAGACCCUAUGUUUAUGCCGCUCCUCAUGCACGAAAAUUAUCUCAAGCAAAGGCCGUCCAACAAUCGAGACUCAGGCCCGAUGAGGGAACUGACCUCACUCCUGCUCUUUUCCCAGGCAGCGCAGUCCAUCUCGGACGGCGACAUGAUCGACUCGAUGAUUCACGGCCCACAGCAGCACUGGUCGCUCAUGCCGCAGCAUGCCAUCGCGUCAUGCGUCCGACCAGCAUCAUUCGUCUAUGGACCUGGCUCCACUUUCCCGAGCUUUCCGAUCUGGCUGGGGCAGAACUCGAAGCAAAACAAGCUACGCCGUGCGAAUGUUGAUGUCCAAGCACGUAUGCGCCUGUCUGCAUCGGGCAGCGCGGACGAGGUUCGACUGACAUACGAGCCAGUUUUGUUCGAAUUGCUUUCAAAGCCGCUCAUCAAGGAUGGCGCUAAUGGAAUCGCUGAUGUAAUUGACGUGAUGGAUGAGUACUUCCUUGGCCUUGAGGAUCGGGAAGCCAUUUUGGAGCUGGGAGUCGGCGCUCACAAUGGCGAAGAAGUGACCAAAAGGAUCCCGAGCGCUGUCAAGGCGUCUUUCACUCGCAAGUACAACUCCGCGAACCAUCCCGUCGCGUUCUAUAAGACCAUUGAAGUCUCUGCGAGCAAAGUCAAGCAGCUCGAGGGUGAUGCUGCACCUGACGUUGAGGAGGCAUACGAUGUUGAUGACGAGGUGGUGCCGGAUGCAGAUGAGGACGAGAAUGAUGGAGAGGAUAUGGAUCUGUCGAAGAACAAGCUCGUCAAGGCCAAAAAGCAGCCGUCUGCCGCAGCUAAAGGCAAGGGCAAGGCUAAAGCCGUUACUAAGAAGUGAUCUGGCUCUGCACCUGCCCAACUUGAGUUCACACAUUCGACCUUGAGCGCAGGUCUAAUGUACUUUAUUCCGGCACAUUAUCGCCCUUUCCGACGCUCGUAAACAAA